AUGACGUCACGCGCGUACGGCCCGCCCCUUCAGGGCCCAGCGAAUUGGCCGCCUGGCCCGGCGCCGCCCGCCUCCAGCUCCCAUUGGCUAAAGAGCCGAACUUUACAGUGGUGGCGGGUGAUUCUCCAGGCCCCGGCUCAGAUUGCUAUGGAACGGCUCGCGAUCGUCCGCGCGCGGCUGCAGGAGUGGGAACGCGCCUUCGCACGGCUGCACGGGCGACGGCCAGCGCAGGAGGAUGUGGAGGCGGCACCUGAGGAGACGCGCGCGCUCUACCGCGAGUACCGUAGCCUAAAGCAGGCAGUGCGUCAGGCUGGCGACGGACGACACAUCCUAGAGCAGUCACUUGCCAAGGCCGCUGAGGAGGCACAGGAGCCAAGCUGCUGGGGUUCCCACCUGAAUCGGGCAGCAACUCAGAAUACACAGUCUAAGCCAAGGCAGAGCCCACUGAGUUCUGUACGAGACUACGGGGAGAGGCUGAAGGCCAAUCUGAAAAGCACUCUACAGGCUGGGCCAACCCUGAGCCGAAAACUCCGGCCUCAGAAGAGAUCCUUGUCCACAGCGCCCACCCCAAAGCCACCGGACUCAAGGACUGCACCCACCUGUCCAGGGGAAGCUAAAGACGUGCUUCCCCAGCUUCCUGAGCUGCAGCCGAGGUUAGGCCAACUCCAGCAGCUUCCGGCAUCCCUGAGCCUGAGGUUGAGUUCCCUAGACCCUGGCUGGCUAGAGAGCUGUCAGAACACAGUUUCAGAUCUUCUAGAGGUUCCGAGCACCUGUGGGCUUGACCUGGAUGCCAACGAGUCACGGCCCUGGAUGUCAGGCAAGGUGAAUGUCGCUGAUCCUGGCAUCCAUUCAGAAGGAUCAUCACAGAGCCCAGAGGCCCUGACCCCACAGCCAGCCCAAGCUUUCUCACGCUGCCCCAAAUCUAGCAACAAUAAAGACAGGAAGCGAAAAAGACAUGAGAAGUUGGAGGACUUCCCACAAGCCCGAGACAACAGCCAAGCAGGACCCCUGUCUGAGGGAGCUGGGGCUACAGCACAUGAGAAAGGCCCUCCAGGAGCACCUGCACAAGUGAACAUACCUCAGCCCUGCAGCUCCUCAGAGAAGGGCACAGCCCACUUCCACAUCUCCCCUAGACCAGCUUCCUUGGACCGAGGGAACUACGUUCGACUCAACCUGAAACACAAACGCUUUGUACGAGCUGGGGCCAACCAAGGCAGGCUUCUCCGUAAGCAGGUAUGGAAGCAAAAAUGGAAGAAGAAAAGAGAGACGUUUGGGGGAAGUGGCCCUGGAGCCACAGUCAAGGACACUUGUUUCCGGUGUGGGCAGUCUGGUCACUGGGCAGCCCAGUGCUGCAAAUCAGGAUCCGCCCUGAUCAUCCAGGAGGAAGGUGGCAGGGAUGACAAACAGCCCAUUUGGACUUUGGAAGGAGUACCACAGAGGACAGGAACCACUUCCUGUCACCUCUCUGGUGAGGAAACAGAACCUGCUAGGCCAAAGCUACAAGAGCAUCAUCGGCCCACCCCGAUGUUGCCCCUCUACCCACCAGGGCCCUUGGGACAGGUGGCAGAAACCCCUGCUGAGGUAUUCCAGGCCCUAGAGCAGCUAGGGCACCAAGCCUUCCGCCCUGGGCAAGAGCAUGCGGUCAUGCGGAUUCUCUCUGGCAUCUCCACUCUGUUAGUGUUGCCAACAGGUGCUGGCAAGUCUCUGUGCUACCAGCUUCCUGCACUGCUAUAUGCCCAGCGAAGCCCUUGCCUCACACUGGUGGUCUCUCCUCUCCUGUCACUCAUGGAUGACCAGGUGUCUGACCUGCCUUCAUGUCUGAAGGUGGCCUGCCUCCACUCAGGUAUGACCAAGAAACAACGAGAAUCUGUCCUGAAGAAGGUACAGGCAGCCCAGGUGCAUGUGCUCAUCAUGUCCCCAGAGGCCUUGGUCGGGUAUGGGGCUGGGGGCCCUGCCAGCCUCCCCCAGGCCACUCUUCUGCCUCCAAUUGCCUUCGCCUGCAUUGAUGAGGUCCACUGCCUCUCUCAGUGGUCACACAACUUCCGGCCCUGCUACCUGCGUGUUUGCAAAGUCCUUCGGGAACAUAUGGGCGUACGCUGCUUUUUGGGUCUCACAGCCACGGCCACACGAAGCACUGCUCGUGAUGUGGCCCACCACCUGGGCAUAGCUGAGGAAUUUGAGCUCAGUGGGUCAGCCACCAUCCCUGCCAAUCUGCACCUCUCCGUGUCCAUGGACAGAGACUCAGACCAGGCUCUUGUGACAUUGCUGCAAGGUGACCGUUUUCGUGCCCUGGAUUCUAUUAUCAUUUACUGCACUCGAAGGAAGGAUACAGAACGGGUGGCUGCACUCCUGCGGACCUGCCUGUCUACUGUGAGAGAGUCAAGGCCUGGAGGUUGUGGCCCCGAGGCUGUAGCUGAAGCUUACCAUGCUGGCAUGUGCAGCCAGGAACGGAGACGAGUGCAGCAGGCUUUCAUGCAGGGGCACUUGCGAGUGGUUGUGGCCACAGUAGCCUUUGGCAUGGGGCUGGACCGGCCAGAUGUUCGGGCUGUGCUACACCUGGGACUGCCUCCAAGCUUCGAGAGCUAUGUGCAGGCUAUCGGUCGUGCAGGACGAGAUGGGAAGCCUGCCCAUUGCCACCUGUUCCUGCACCCCCAGGGUGAAGACCUCUGUGAACUGCGCAGGCAUGCCCAUGCUGAUGGCAUAGACUUCUUGGCUGUGAAGAAGCUCGUGCAACGUGUGUUCCCACCCUGCAUGUGCGCCCAGAGGCCCAGAUCCGAAUCCUCACUUGAGGAGACCAAAGAGCACAGUGGCCAACAAACAUACUCUAUCCUGGGACGGGCCUGCCUGGGCCAUAAGCGGGCACUCCCGGUGCAGUCUACAGUACAGACUCUGGACAUGACAGAGGAGGCCAUUGAGACUCUGCUGUGCUACCUGGAACUACACCCUCGGCACUGGUUGGAGCUGCUACCAUGUACCUAUGCCCACUGCCGUCUGCGUUGCCCUGGGGGCAGUGCCCGGCUGCAAGCUCUGGCCCACAGGUGUCCCCCUUUGGCUGUGUGCUUGGCCAAGUGGCCACCUAAAGACACAAGUCAGGGCAGCAGCUCCUUAGAGUUUGACGUGGUGGAGCUGGCAGACUCAAUGGGCUGGGAGCUGGCAUCUGUACGGCUGGCUUUCCACCAGCUGAAGUGGGACCAAGAGCCAAAGAAAGGUGCGCCAAAGGGCACAGGGGUGCUUGUGGAGUUCAGUGAGUUGGCCUUUCAUCUGCACAGUCCUGGGGACCUGACAGACGAGGAGAAGGACCAGAUCUGUGACUUUCUGUAUAGCCGUGUGCAGGCUCGGGAACACAAAGCCCUGGCCGGUCUACACCAAAUAUCCAAAGUCUUUCGCAGUGUGGCCUUUCCCAGUUGUGGCCCCUGUCUAGAGCAGUCCGAUGAGGAACACAGCAGUCGGCUGAAGACCCUGGUCAGCCACUACUUUGAGGAGGAGGAGGAAGAGGAGGAAACUGUGAAGGAGAAGCAGGGCCCAGAGCCUGGGCAGACCCAGCUCCAGGACUGGGAAGACCAAAUUCGCCGCGAUACCCGCCAGCUCCUGUCCCUGAGGCCAGAGGAGAGGUUUUCAGGGAGGGCUGUGGCCCGCAUCUUCCAUGGCAUUGCAAGUCCCUGCUACCCAGCCCAGGUGUAUGGGCAGGACCGGCGCUUCUGGAGAAAGUACCUGCACCUGAACUUCCAUGCCCUGAUGCGCCUAGUUACAGAAGAGCUCCUGCUGAGAGGCUGAUGACCACCCUCCAUGGGAG